UUCAAACUGGCGGAUAUGCUCCACUAUCAAAUUCCAGAAAAUCCUUCAUCAGUACACCAUUUUCACAACACAGCAUCAAACAAAGCUCAAAUCUUUUCCCUUCCAUGGCAGAAAAAUUCAGACUUUUUUUGGGCUUCUUUCUUUUUCUUUCAACCCCAGUUUUUUCUCAAGUGAAUGAGUUUUUUUUCAGUGGAUUCCGUGGUGAUUCCAAUGAUAUGAAUAUGAGCUUAAAUGGUGCUGCGGAGAUUGAAGACAAUGGCUUACUUAAGUUAACGAACACCACUUCUCGAGUUCUUGGGCAUGCUUUUUACUCAUCUCCUAUCAAGUUCAAGAACUCAACUGACAGCAAGUCUCUAUCUUUCUCUACUUGUUUUGCUUUUGCUAUAAUUAAUGAAUAUCCAGAGCUUGGCGGCCAUGGUUUUGCUUUUACAAUCUCUCCUACAAAAGAGCUUGUCGGUGCUCUUCCCAGUCAAUAUCUUGGCCUCCUCAAUGCAAGUGAUAACGGGAAUUUAACCAACCAGAUAUUUGCAGUUGAAUUUGAUACAGUUCAAGAUUUUGAGUUUGGUGAUAUCAAUGGUAAUCAUGUUGGUAUUGAUAUUGAUAGCAUGACAUCAAAUGCAUCGGCCACAGCUGCUUAUUUUCUUGAAAAUUCAACAAAACAAGUGCUGAAUCUCAAGAGUGGUAAGGUUAUACAAGCCUGGAUUGAUUAUGACUCGGAAACGAAUCGAUUAGAUGUGAAGCUUUCACCUUUCUCUGCGAAACCAACAUCUUCAAUUUUGUCAUUUGUUGUGGAUCUAUCAUCAAUUAUUCGAGACACUAUGUAUGUUGGUUUCUCUGCAUCAACAGGUAUGCUUUCAAGCUCACAUUAUAUACUGGGUUGGAGUUUUAACAUGAGUGGAGAAGCUGAAUCUUUGACUUUGUCUUCUCUUCCUUCACUUCCUGGGCCUAAAAAGAGUCAUACAGCAUUAAUUGUUGGGGUUUCUGUCUCUGCUUUUUUAUUCACGGCUUUUGUUGUUGGAAUAGCCUUUUAUCUUGUCUGGAAAAUUAAGAAUGCUGAUGUUAUUGAAGAUUGGGAGCUUGAUGUUGGUCCUCAUAGAUUCUCUUAUCAGGAAUUAAAGAAAGCAACAAGAGGUUUUAGAGACAAAGAGCUACUUGGGUUUGGUGGAUUUGGUAGAGUCUACAAAGGAACUCUACCAAAUUCUAAUAUCCAAGUUGCUGUUAAGAGAAUUUCUCGUGAAUCUAAACAAGGUUUGAGAGAAUUUAUAUCUGAGAUUGCUAGUAUUGGCCGUCUUAGGCAUAGAAAUCUUGUUCAAUUACUAGGAUGGUGUCGCCGCAGAGGUGAUUUGCUACUCGUUUAUGAUUAUAUGCCAAAUGGUAGCUUAGAUAAGUAUCUUUUUGAUGAACCAAAAGCAAUUCUCACUUGGGAACAGAGGUUUAGGAUUAUCAAAGGUGUAGCUUCAGGCCUUUUGUAUUUGCAUGAAGAGUGGGAACAAACUGUUAUUCAUAGAGACAUUAAGGCAGGAAAUGUCUUGUUAGAUUCUGAAUUAAAUGGAAGACUAGGUGAUUUUGGUCUAGCUAAGCUGUAUGAGCAUGGAUCAAAUCCGAGCACCACUAGGGUGGUGGGCACAUUGGGAUACUUGGCACCUGAGCUCACACGCAUCGGCAAGCCCACAACAAGCUCAGACGUAUAUGCAUUUGGUGCACUUAUGCUUGAAGUGGUGUGUGGGAGAAAGCCUAUUGAACCAAAGGCAUUGCCUGAAGAGCUCGUAUUGGUUGACUGGGUUUGGGAUAGAUGGAAAGGUGGUGCAAUUCUUGAGGUAGUGGAUUCAAGAUUGAAUGGCGAGUUUGAUGAGAUUGAAGCUAUUAUUGUUGUGAAAUUGGGGCUAAUGUGUUCAAACAAUUCGCCCUUCGCGCGACCUACAAUGAGGCAAGUGGUGAGGUACUUGGAGGGAGAGGUUGCAUUGCCUGAAGUGGUUGAAGCACUUGAUGAAUUUGCUGGUAUCAGUGUUAAUACUACUACUAGUGGUGGUGGUGGUCAAAGUCUUGAGUUUGAGGAUUUUGUUCAUUCAUACCCUAAUUCUUCAUAUUAUGAGAAAGUGAGUAAUUGGUCAUCACCCCUCAACGAUGCAGAUGUUGAUCUUGAAGUAGGCUUAUCUUCGCCAGUCUCACUUACAGUAAGAGAUGAUGCUAGAUAGUUAUGGUAGGGAAAUGGGUUUUCCAAUUUUUUUCUCUUUUUUCCCUUGGUGGGUUUUUUUUUUUUUUUUUUUUUUUUAACAAUAUGGUUUUUAUUAUACCAUCAUACUUCUGUCUGAUGUCCAUAAAUCAAAUUGCUUCUCAAUGAAAGAAUCUGCC